AUGAACGUCAAAUCAAAUGGUGGUCUUUUGCACGGUACCCCAUCAAUUACAAUAGCUGGUGGUGUUGCGAAUAGUGAUAGUACUACGCCUGACAAAUCAGAAGCAUCACUUUAUCCCACACCAAGUUUCACUCAUCCGGAUCUUUCUCUGUCGUCACAGCUGUGUGUUAAUCAUCAACGAAAUAAUUCCGCCUAUUCUGCUAAUGUAUCUCUAAUUGAUAUUUAUGGUGCAGACUCUAUAAUCGAACUUUCUCCGAAGAAAGCCCAAGAAACAGAAACGCCAAUGAAUGCAAAUAUACUUGAUUCCUUAGACACGGAGGAGGGGGAUACAACCGAUGAACUAUCAGUUCAAAACAAAGUAUCCAAAUCCUUCUCUACAAACAGAACCAUCUCCACUUCUUCAAUUAUUCCUCCUGGAUCUGUCAAGUCGUCUGAUUAUGAAAGUGAAAUGAAGCGAAUGCUGUUGCCUUACCCCAUGUCAAUUUCAAAGGUUCAAGAUAUUCUUAAUUCUGAGUUUGAUAUGUACGGAUUCAAAAAAGAGACUUCUUUGCAUGUCAUUUCACGGCAACGAUAUGAUUCCUGGUUCAAAGAUUACUCUGAAUAUUUGAAUAAUCGGCAAAAGAAAUGGGAGCUAUUGAUGAGAGCAAAUGGUCUAAGCGUUCGCACAGGUCAAAUACCGACAAGAUUCCCUCCAAAGUCUGAUAAAGUUAAGAAAAUGAUAAGAAGAGGAAUCCCACCUGAAUGGAGAGGAAAUGCGUGGUUUUUUUAUGCUGGUGGUUAUGAAAAACUCAAUAAGCAUACUGGUAUUUAUGCCCAGAUAAUUGAAGAUACAAGAGGAUUAAAUAAUAAGGAUACAGAAGUGAUAGAAAGGGAUUUAAAUAGAACAUUCCCUGAUAAUAUUUUAUUCAACGAGAUGGUUGUCACUAAGCUGAGUAAAACUUCCAGCACAAGCUUUACUAAUGUUGAGAAUGAAAGCGAGACACCAAUGAUUCAAUCAUUACGUCGUGUUUUAGUUGCUUUCUCUUAUUAUCAGCCUCAGAUUGGGUACUGUCAGUCUCUUAAUUUCCUUGCAGGGAUGCUUUUGUUAUUCAUGGACGAGGAAAGGGCAUUUUGGAUGCUUGUGAUUCUAACAGAAAGAAUUAUUCCGAAUGUGCACUCUAAAGAUUUAGAGGGUGUUCACACUGAUCAAGGAGUUCUUAUGUUGACUGUAAAGGAGUAUAUCCCAUCACUUUGGUCAAUUUUAGGACGAACAUAUGAUGGGGAAAUAUUAGAGAAAGAUAAAAUUUUGACAAGACUACCUCCGGUUACUCUUGUUACAUCUUCAUGGUUCAUGUCUCUUUUUGUUGGCAUAUUACCAAUUGAAACUACAUUAAGAGUUUGGGAUAUUUUAUGGUAUGAAGGUUCAAAGACUGUCUUUAGAGUAUCUUUGACAGUGUGCAAAAUGUGUUUAGAGGAUCCCGAUUUUCAAAGAACAGGCUCUUCAUCAACAAUGGGGGUAGAAACUGAGCAGAUUGAAUUAUUUCAAUUUUUACAAAAUUAUCCCAAAUGUUUGUUGGAUCCUAAUGAAGUUGUUGAUAAAUGUUUCAAAAAAAUUGGAGGAUAUGGAUUUGGUUCAAUAUCUCAAGAUGAAAUCAAUCAUUGCCGAGAUUUUGUAUCUAAACAGCGUGCUAAAAUGAAAGAUAGGAAACUGUCUGCUCUUAAUGCAGAAUUGACAGAUGAAGAGAGAUCAAUUUUGUUAGCUAACUCCAAUUUUGAUAAUGAAAUUCACGAUGUUUAUGGCUUCCAUAGAUCCAUAAUGAGUGGGGUUGUAUGGAAUCGAAACAUAAGCAGUAAAAUGAAGAAGAAGUUCUCUCGAAAGCACUCAACUGAUUAA